GGAGCACCGCCUCCGGGGCUUGUUAGUAGGGCUUCCAGCCGAGUCGAGAAGCGACUCAUCAGAACUGAUCAGGAAAAACCAAGCCUGAAAAAGCAGCGCUUGUGACAUCCGCGGGGGAGAAGAGAAGAGAAGGAAGAAAAGAAAAGAAAAGAAAAGAAAAGAGAAGAAAAGAAAAGGAAAGGUAAAGGAAAGGAAAGGAAAGGAAAGACUCCCACUCCGGGAGCCGCUUUACAGGCGGAGGCAGUCUUCUUCUUCCACGGAUGAAUUCACUUUUCCACCCACGCGUAAUCUUGGAAUGGACCCAUGCCCGUCUUUGAAAGGGCUGCAACCUCGGGGCGCGCGUUUUCUUUGGACCCCCCCCGACGCUCUUUGGAUGCUUCCCCCCACAACAGAGGAUGCUGACCCCCGACGCCCAUUAGCCUCCAGAUCCCGGGAUCUAGUCCACUCGAUCUAGUCCGCUCGAUCGAGCGAACGCCCUUGGAAGGGAACCCCGUCGCUCUUCUGGAUCUCGGACCGCUGAUUAGGGAUACCCCUCCCCAUUCACCUCUGGGACAUUCCCCCUCCCCAUCGUUUUCUGGAACUGAAACGCGCGCCCCUUCCUCCAAAACAAAACAAAACAAAACAAAACAAAAAAGACUAGCUGGGACCUUAGCCUCUCGGCCCUGCGGCUGCCUUUCCUCGAAGUUCCUGCUGGGGCAAAAGGGGAGCCCCCUGACCAAAAGGCUGAGCUGCAGCGGCGAGGGGCUGGAGGCUCGGAGCUCUGUCAGUCAAGCGUCGGGAGCGCCUGCGCCCGGUUGGCCUUUGCCAUGGGACCUUCCCGAAAGGAAGUCUUGAUCUUGGGCUAUCUCCUUGCAGGGUCAUGCAUCAUCUCCUGCCAGAGUUUGCUUCCCACUAUUCUUCCAAACGAAGAGCAAAUGGUCGUGCAGCUGAAUGGCCCCUUCACGCUGAAGUGUUCUGGAGACAGCGAAGUCAGCUGGCAGCAUCCUAUCCCGGAAGGCAACCAUUCCAUAACCAUCAGGAAUGAAGAGAACAACAGUGGCCUUUUUGUGACCGUCCUUGAAGUGGCAAACGCUUCGGCUUCUCUCACCGGAUUAUACAUUUGUUAUUAUAAUCAUUCUCAAGAGGAAGAUGGCGAGGUGGAGGGGAAAGAGAUCUACAUUUUUGUGCCAGAUUCAGCUGUUCCCUUUGUGCCGACCUCCCCAGAAGAUUCGUUCAUUGUUGCCAGCGAGGAAGACAAUUCUUCAAUUAUCCCCUGUCGCACAACUGAUCCUAACACUCAGGUCACCCUGAUGAACAGAGAAGGAAAAAUUCUGUAUGCCUCUUAUGACAACAGGCUGGGCUUCAUUGGGAACUUCUCUUUGGGGUCCUACAUAUGCAAGACAACAGUCAAAGCAGUCGAAUUCGAGUCUGGAGAAUUUUUCAUCUACGUUUACAAAGCUCCAUCAUACCUUCAUGUUGACAUAGAGUCCCCGAAGACUGUAUAUAAAACAGGAGAAACUAUUACUGUUACUUGUGUGGUCUUGGAUAACGAAGUGGUGAACCUAGAGUGGAAUUAUCCAGGGAAAGUGAAGAAUAAAGGAAUAAUUACCCUCGAUGACAUCAAGGUUCCAACGCAGAAGCUGGUUUAUAAUUUAACCAUUCCAGAUGCAUCAGUGAAGGACAGUGGAGAUUAUGAGUGUGCUGUCCGACAUGUGACCAAAGAUUUCAAGAAAAUGGAAAGGAUAGCCAUCUAUGUUCAUGAUAAAGGGUUCAUUCAUUUGGAGCCCCAUUUCAAGCCCACAGAAGCUGUCAAUCUACACGAAGUCAAAAACUUUGUAAUUUUUGCCGAUGCAUACCCAGAGCCAAAAUUGUUUUGGCUGAAGGACAAUGUCACUCUGAUGGAGAAUCUCACGGAGAUUGUGACCAGUUCCAAGCAAAUCCAAGAAACAAGAUAUCAGAGUGUAUUAAAAUUAAUUCGUGCCAAGGAAGAAGACAGCGGAUAUUAUACACUCAUAGCACAGAAUGAGGAUGAAAUCCAAAGAUACACUUUCUCUCUGCUCAUACAAGUUCCAGCUUUAAUUCGGGACCUGGUAGAUAAUCACCAUGGCUCUUCUGGGCAGACAGUCAAAUGUUUGGCAGAAGGCACACCCUUGCCCGAUGUGGAAUGGCUGGUUUGCAAGGACAUUAAGAAAUGCAACAAUGACACCUCAUGGACCCUCCUGACCAACAAUAUUUCUGAUGUCACGGUGGAGACCAGUCUCAAUGAAAGGAACAUGGUAGCUAGCCAGGUGACGUUUCAGAAGGUGGAAGAAAUAAUGGCCGUUCGAUGUAUGGCAAAGAAUGACCUUCGUACCGUUACAAGGGAACUAAAGCUUGUGGCUCCCACGUUAAGAUCGGAACUCACUGUGGCUGCUGCUGUCCUCGUCCUCCUUGUGAUUGUAAUAAUUGCCCUGAUUGUCUUGGUAAUCAUAUGGAAACAGAAACCCAGAUAUGAGAUCAGAUGGAGAGUUAUUGAGUCUAUCAGCCCUGAUGGCCAUGAGUACAUCUAUGUGGACCCUAUGCAAUUGCCCUACGAUUCGAGAUGGGAAUUCCCUAGAGAUGGACUAGUGCUAGGUCGAAUCCUUGGUUCGGGAGCUUUUGGGAAAGUAGUCGAAGGAACAGCCUACGGAUUAAGCCGAUCGCAGCCAGUGAUGAAAGUAGCUGUGAAAAUGUUGAAACCAACUGCAAGAUCCAGCGAAAAACAGGCACUCAUGUCUGAAUUGAAGAUAAUGACUCAUCUUGGCCCACACUUGAACAUUGUCAACCUCUUAGGAGCUUGUACAAAAUCAGGUCCAAUAUACAUCAUAACAGAAUAUUGUUUUUAUGGAGAUUUGGUGAACUACCUCCACAAAAAUAGGGAUAACUUUCUGAGUCGACAUCCCGAAAAAACAAAAAUGGACCUGGACAUCUUUGGCAUAAACUCUGCAGAUGAGAGCACUAGAAGCUAUGUCAUCCUAUCCUUUGAAAAUAAUGGUGAAUAUAUGGAUAUGAAACAAGCAGAGGCAACUCAGUACGUGCCCAUGUUAGAAAGAAAAGACAGGUCUAAAUAUUCUGACAUCCAAAGAUCUUUGUACGAUCGGCCUGCUUCAUAUAAGAAAAAAUCCAUAUUAGACGGGAAGAAUCUGCUGUCUGACGACAAUUCAGAAGGCCUCAGUUUGCUGGAUCUGCUGAGCUUCACCUACCAGGUAGCUCGGGGAAUGGAGUUCCUGGCUUCCAAAAAUUGCGUGCACCGUGAUCUGGCAGCACGAAACGUCCUCUUAGCCCAAGGAAAAAUUGUGAAGAUCUGUGACUUUGGACUAGCAAGAGACAUCAUGCAUGAUUCCAACUAUGUCUCCAAAGGCAGUACCUUUCUUCCAGUGAAGUGGAUGGCCCCUGAAAGCAUUUUUGACAACCUGUAUACCACAUUAAGUGAUGUCUGGUCCUAUGGCAUUCUAUUAUGGGAAAUAUUUUCUCUUGGUGGGACCCCAUACCCUGGCAUGAUGGUUGACUCCACCUUCUAUAAUAAAAUAAAAAGUGGCUAUCGGAUGACAAAACCAGACCAUGCUACCUCUGAGGUGUAUGACAUCAUGAUGAAAUGCUGGAAUAGUGAACCUGAAAAGAGACCUUCUUUUUACCACUUGAGUGAAAUAGUUGAGAGUCUGCUGCCUGGUGAAUACAAGAAGAGUUAUGAUAGAAUUCACUUGGACUUCUUAAAGAGCGACCAUCCUGCCGUCACACGCAUGAGAGUGGACUGCGACAAUCCAUAUAUUGGUGUCACUUACAAGAAUGAGGACAAACUGAAGGACAGGGAGAGUGGAUUCGAUGAACAAAGACUCAGUGCAGACAGUGGCUAUAUAAUUCCACUGCCCGAUAUUGACCCUGUAUCCGAAGAUGAACUGGGAAAAAGGAACAGGCACAGUUCUCAGACAUCUGAAGAAAGCGCCAUCGAAACCGGAUCCAGCAGUUCGACGUUUGUGAAGCGAGAAGACGAAACCAUCGAUGAUAUGGACAUCAUCGAUGAUAUUGGCAUGGAUUCCUCAGAACUAGUUGAGGACAGCUUCCUGUAACUCUGGAAAAGUAGAGUGGGCAACUUUUGAGAUGUUUAAAGCAACCUCAGAAAAGAGGAAGAUCAAGAUAUAACUCGUGAACUUUCCGUUCGGUCAGGAAAACCACUCCAAAACCAGAUGAUAAAGACCUCCCAAUGCUCAUGCCUCAACAAGUGGUCUCAGAAUUUUUCUUGGUUUCAUGGAAGACUUUGAAAAGCCAGUUUUCAAGCAUCCUUCUUCCUUGAAGUACUCCACAGUAGCAGUUCAGCCUUGCUUACUGAUGAAUUAAAGCAAAAGGCCAUGGAUACUUCAGUUUGUGUUUCAAGGGCAUUCAUAACUCAGAUGGAUAACAUUUCUACUAUGGUGAAUCAUUGUCAGUGUGAUUGUGUAAUUACCUGUUCCUACCAGGAUUAUUAUUAUUAUUUUUUUGGAAAAAAAGAAGACCACUUAAGACUUUGGCAUUUUUACUUUCUUAAGUUUAUAUAAGCUGCUGGUGGAUUAUCACCUGAGAUGAAGUACAUAUCGAAAAGAAACCACUUUGGAAAAGCAUGAAAUGGAUGAAGUAAUGUUUUAUUUUUUACAGAUAAUGCAAACAAAAAGGAAACAACAGGUAUUUCCAAAAUAUAUUCAAUAGCUUAUUAAAUCAAAUGAGAUUUUUUUUUCAUAACCAUAGAGGAAUAGUUCUUUUAUCUACUGUUCUCAGUAUUACUAAGUAUAGUUUAUAACUACUUCUUGUCCUUUGUUAAAACACAGUACUUAAUUCACUACUAACAAACUAAAUCAUUUUAGGGUUUAAAUAUUUACACAAAAAGCUCUUCUAUUUGAUUGUUUUGGUAAAUUAAACCUAGUUUAAAAAGUAGGAUUAGAAAGUGUUUUCUAAGGAGUCUAAAUAUUAAUUUGCCAUCCUUAACAGAAGAGCUUUCUUAAUACAGAGGCUAACAUGCUAGUAAAUCUUCACUAGCAGAAACUGAUUUUACAGAAUAUAGAAAUCUGAAAUGUAUUUUUAAUAAUUGUAAUACAUUUACAAUCAAAUUAUUGUACAAUAGAAAUAGGUGACCAAUUAAUAAGGCUGCUUGGAGCAUCGAAGAAUGAUGAUACACAUUUAAAAGGGGAUUUUGGGGGGUAGGGUGGUAUCCGUGUGACCAGUUAGGUUGUAUACACCAACUUCUCUUUCUGAAAAAGCUUUUUUCCUGAGCCUGAAAUUUCCGGUUGUGUAGCUACUUUGUGCCAAAAUGUUUUUGUUCUAAAGAAAUUUUCCUAUGAAAAUUAGCAACGAUUAUUGUUUUUUUGCAAUUACUCCAAUGGGCAUUGAAAUCAAACGUAAAGCAUUUGUAUGUAUACAAUAUCCUUAAAACAAGGCCUGCCUAACUUCUGUCGAUUUAGUGGAAAAAGUUUGUCGCUAUAUUUGUAAAAUGUCAAUCAGGUAGCAUUAAUUCUUUUAUAUAUUCUGAGAUAGGUUUAAUAUUACUCUUUUCUUAAUCUGCCUUUUUUUAAAUAUGUGUGAUGGAGUGUCAAAUUAUUGUAUGAUUUAUAGCGGAAUCCUAUUUACAUCUACUUAAAAGUAAGCCCCAAUCAGUGUUCUAGCUUACUUCCAGAUCGGUACAUAUAGGAUUGUAGCUUUGAGGCUGUGAUUUUUGUCAGAGGGUCUAUGGAAAUAAUAAACUGGAACCAGUCUCUAUAAGUAAAGGCUGGGAGCGUAUGGUGCACACAAGAUGAAAUUCCAUAAUUUUAUGGAAAAUCCAGUCCGGAGAUUUGCAAAGAAUAAAAUACGAAAGUGAACCAAGUUGCAUGCAGGUCUACAUGUACAAUUUUCUGAACUGGUUCAAGGGUAGAAGCAAAACAAACAAGCAAACAAAUAACCUUGGCAUGUUGUGAGAGGCAUUUGGCAUACAAUCACACUCACUGCAAGGCUCCAACUCAAUAGAUGGAGCAGAGACACACAUGGCAUUAAGAAAAUGCCUGUGUGCCAGUGUGAAGGCCUGAUGGACCAUCUCCUGUGGAAUUUGUGUUCCCAAAGUUCUCUUAAUGGCACUGCAAAGGUCCCAGAGAGAUGAUUACUUGGAGCAAUAUGUCAAUAGCUUCUCUGGCUAGAAUUUAUGACAGUAAAGAGCAGCAUAUAAAGAACGCACUGAGUUGGCAAGUUUAGGGACAGUGUUGUGUUUACGCUAAGCUCUGUGCUUGGUCCUUGGGCUGAGAAGCACCCCAGUCAGAACCAGGGGUGGGCUGCUGG